AUGGAAGCCCUCGAUGGUCAAAAAGUUCCUACUCAGUGCAUAAAGAUCCAAAAUUAUUUGCCGCCUUCUUUUACCGCCGCCACCUUCCACAACGUCGUGCGAACAUUGGAAUGGGUUAAUAUGGGAGUGAAAAUCGUUGGUCGGCAGUUACACCAUCUUCGCUUUGCUGAUGACAUCGUCCUUAUAAGACCAAACAUUAGGCAAGCGGAACGUAUGCUUGCCGACUUUGAUAAAGCCUGUGGAAAAUUGGUCUUCGAGUAA